AUGAUCAGAAAGAAACGUGGAGGUGACAAAGAGAAGAAAUUACGGAAAAAGUGUUUAAACGAACAAGAAACGCUAUCUUACGAACAACAAAUUCUAGACAAUAAUAGACAACUGUCACGGCUACGCAGUCGAAAUGAAGAGCUUGAAAUCGAGGUAAAGAAUUUGACAAAGAAGUAUGAGCAAUUAAAAGAGGAUCGAUCUGAUGUCGUGGCGCAUUUAAAACGAGACUUGGAGGGAAGGAUAGAAGAGACUCGCGAACUAAAUGAACGUUUAUUGGCCAUGGAAGAAUUGAGAAAACAGGAACAAGCAGAGUAUAAAAAGAAAGAAAAUGCGAUGGAACAAGAGUACCGAACUAUGGAAAAUAAUCUGAGCGCUGAAGUAAAACUUGCAGCUGGGAAGCUGAAUGCGUUGGAUGACUGGAGAUUAGCCCGCUUGGAUUUAAUGCGCAAGUUUGAGAUACAAGAGGAAGAAAUGGCGAAACAAGAGGAAGAACACAAAACGACGCUUUAUGAAAUGGAGAAAUCAGUCAUUGUUGCUAAGGCUAAAAUGCAGAAGAAGAUGGAGGAACGAUUGAGGCAGCUUGCUCAAGAAUUCAAACAAGCAACCAAUAUUCGUAUAGCAGACAUGAUGCAUAACACGAUCAGGAGGAACAUUGCGUUGAAUCACGAACUGAAUUCGAUGUUGAAGGUUUGCGAGGAUCUGGAAACGAAGAGCGCGGAAUGCAAAGAAACCGAUCGUGCGCUCAGAUUGCAGUGCGAAUUGCUCGAAGGCGAAGCCAAAAUAGCGCAGGAAGAUGUAAUAAGAUACAGACGUGUGAUGCAUAAUCUCGCCCAAGAACACAUAAACACGAUCUUCGAAUACGGUCGAAUACAACGUGAGAACAUGAGGCUCAGCAAUUACGAGCAAAUAAUGAAUGAAUACAAGGCGAAAUGCACGAAGUCGGAAGAGAAAGUGAAGGUUCUCGAGCGACAUUUACAGGAGACCAAAAAGGCCCGGGAGGAAGUCUUGAUAGAAGAGCGAAAGAAGUGCGAGGAAUUUAAUAACUUGAACAAGAUUCUAAACGAAGCUAAACAAUGCAUCCUAGAAACGUUAGAGUUGCAAGAGCAUGUCUGCACGAGCGAUACUUGUAUUUCAUGUUGCGCUGAUCAGAAACAGAAGAUUAUUUAUUCGCUGCAGAAUAUACUUGAGAAGCAUAUUUCCAAUGUAAUCGAAGAUAAUGAUUCACAGAUUGUUGGAAAUUUGGACAUUAUGGAAGAUAAAGGAAAGGGAGAGAACAUCGCGGACGCAAUUUUGAAUGACGAUCUGGAAUUUUGGAUGACUCGGUUUCCGGCGCCACUCAAAAAUAUACCCAUAAUACAUCUGGCGAUACCCGGUUCUCAUGAUACCAUGACUUAUACUAUCGAUAGACACAACGACGUGGGACCAGACGAACCUGUUUUCAUUCGAACGCUCGGCCGCUACUGUUCAUUCGUUGCCAAGCCCAUUAUUUUAAAUUGGUCUAUUACACAAUGCGAUGAUAUCAAGCAACAACUUAAUGGCGGAAUCCGAUAUUUAGAUUUGCGCGUUGCCACGAAGCCGGGAACCAAUAAUAUAUAUUUCCUUCACGGUCUGUAUGGUGCAGAAAUCAGCAAGUCACUUCUCGACGUGGCUGACUGGCUUAGCUCGCAUACAAAUGAGAUCGUUAUCCUGGACUUUCAGCAUUUCUAUGCCUUCAAGGAAGUGGAUCAUCAACGUCUCAUAGACAAAAUAACUCAAAUUUUCCGCCGAAAAUUGUGUCCGGUCUCAUCCAGAUUUCAUCACAUAACACUGCAAUGGCUAGUCCUAAAGAGAUACCAGGUGUUCGUGAUUUACAGGAACAUUUAUGCGCGUAAUUACGCAAAUUUAUGGCCAUCCGGUCUCUGGCGUACUGUGUGGCCCAAUACCGUCCGCGUGGAUGAAUUGAUUAAUUUUUUGAAUAUUGAAUUACAGAGCAGAUCAUUGGACACUGCAUUCAUAUCGCAAUGUCUCCUGACGCCGGAUACACUCUAUGUCAUGAAACAUUUGUGUGGUACCUUGCAAAGAGAUCUAGUGUCUCGCUGUCAGAAAGAAAUUCUCUCCUGGAUAAGUCAGAAAUAUCCUGGUCGCGGCGGACUUAAUAUAGUCAUAGCGGAUUUUGUGUCCGAUAACAACUUUCUAUUUUCCAAAACAGUUAUCCAGAGUAAUAUGAAACUUCUGCAGUUAGUUUAAUUUUACUUUUGCUUUAAAAUAUAAAUAACA